UGAAACUGCAGGAUUCCACAGGAAGGAAGAGAGGAAGUGAAUUGCACUGUGCUGUGACUUGUGACUGUAACUUUUCAGUGCUGCCUGGCAACGGCAGUCAGAAUGCAGGACAAGAAGGGGGAAGAGGCAUUGUACUAUGUUGGCAUCGAUGUGGGAACGGCGAGUGUACGUGCGGCUUUGGUGAACCAAGCUGGGAUGGUGGUUGACCAGGCAGAAGAGCCUCUGGAAAUUUGGGAGCCUCAACCCGACCACUAUGAGCAAUCGUCCGCCGACAUCUGGAAGGCUUGCUGCGCCGUCACCAAGAAAGUGGCGCGGUCGGCACUAUCCGGUCGGAUUCGCGGGCUCGGGUUUGACGCCACAUGCUCCCUCGUGGUUCUGGAUAAAGCAUCAUUCAUCCCACUUCCUGUGGGCCCAGGUGACCACAACAGGAACGUGAUCAUGUGGAUGGAUCACCGGGCUGGAAGUCAAGUAGACCGCAUCAACAAGACCAGCCAUGCUGUCCUGCGCUAUGUAGGCGGAGUGAUGUCCGUGGAGAUGCAACCACCCAAACUGCUCUGGUUAAAGGAGAACCUACGUCAGGGAUGCUGGGAUAAAGCCGGCCAUUUUUUUGACCUUCCAGACUUUCUGACCUGGAAAGCUACGGGCUCCCUCACGAGGUCUUUGUGCACUCUGGUCUGUAAAUGGACUUACGCCCCCGAUGGUGGGUGGCAUGACAGUUUCUGGACGGAGAUUGGAUUGGGGGAUCUUCUAGAGCAAAACUAUGGCAAGAUCGGAAACCAGGUCGUGUCUCCAGGAGUUCGUGUGGGGAACGGGCUCACAUCGGAGGCUGCCAGCGAGCUGGGCAUUCCGCAGGGGAUCGCGGUGGCCGCCGCGCUUAUAGACGCUCACGCUGGCGGGCUCGGAGUAAUCGGCGCAGACGUGACGGGACACCAUCUCCCCUGCGAAAAUGAGCCAAUCACGUCGCGGCUGGCCCUGAUCUGUGGAACUUCGUCUUGUCACAUGGCGAUCAGUGACAAUCCGAUAUUUGUGCCUGGCGUCUGGGGGCCUUACUACUCGGCCAUGGUGCCGGGAUAUUGGCUGAACGAAGGCGGACAGAGUGCCACGGGGAAGCUGAUUGAUCACGUCGUCCGCGGCCAUCAUGGAUAUGAAGAAUUGCAGAGGAGAGCCGCAGAGAGCGGCCAGCACGUGUACGCAUAUCUAAACCGCCACCUGGACCAGAUGAGGGCGUCCCGGCCAGAGAGGAUUCUGGGAGCCGACCUACACGUGUGGCCAGACUUUCAUGGGAACAGGUCACCCCUCGCUGACGUCACCCUGAAGGGGAUGAUCGUCGGGGUGACUUUAUCGAAAGGCUUGGACGAUCUCGCACUUUUGUAUUUGGCCACGCUACGAAGCAUUGCGUUGGGGACGAGACACAUUAUAGAGGCCAUGAAGACGUCGGGCCAUGCGGUCAGCAGUCUCUUUAUGUGCGGGGGGCUCAGCAAGAACCCCCUCUUUGUGCAGGUGCACGCUGAUGUCACAGGUCUACCCGUCGUCCUAUCCAAAGAAGUAGAGUCGGUCCUCGUGGGUGCUGCCAUUCUCGGAGCGUGUGCUUCUAGUGAUUUUGCUUCUAUCCAGAUGGGACCAACCGACCUCCACGAGCUGCAACAGACAGUCUUCUUCCACAAG